CUCUCUUUAAUUUUUGUUUGGUGGUUGCAAAGAGGUGAAAAUUCUCUAACUCCAAUUCAUCCCCCCUCUUGGAGUGCAUUGAGUCAACAAUUGGUAUCAGAGCAAGGGCUCCAAUUUAAAGGUUUAACCACCUAGGAGUUGAUCGGGGAUGGCUCAAUUUCAGUGUUCUCAACCACUUGAAGGUUCAUCUACGACUAAGCCUCCUUUCUUUGAUGGUACUAAUUAUAAUUAUUGGAAGAAUGGGAUGAAGGUCUUCAUGCUUGCAAAUGUGCCCAAGGCAUGGAUUGUGACUAUGAAAGGUCCAUAUGUGCCUAUGAAAGUAGUUGGGAAAAGUGAGGUGCCAAAGGAAGAAGUUGAAUGCAAUGAUGAAAACUUGGUGAAGAUCAUGAUCAACAACAAAGCAAUCAAUAUGCUUCAAUGUGCUCUCAAUCCAACGAAAUUCCAUAGAGUAUCCGGAUGUGAUACGGCCAAGGAGAUGUGGGACAUGUUGGAGGUUCUUAGAAGCUUGCCCAAGAAUUGGGAAGCCAAGAAGACCGCAAUUGAAGAGUCUAAGGAUCUCAACACCCUCAAGCUUGAGGAUCUCAUUGGAAAAUUGAUGACAUAUGAGAUAGAAAUUCAAGUUGAUGGUGGAGUUGAAGCAGUUAAGAAGAAGAAGAAGAAUGUUGCUUUCAAGGCUAGCAACCAAAAGGAAGAGAGUGAAGAUGAUGCUAGUAAUGAUGAGUCUAGCAAUGAGGAGGACAUCACCAAAUUGAUUUCAAAGGAAGUGAAGAGAUUCAUGAAGAAGAACAUCAAGAGCAAGCUUGCAAAAAGAGAUGAAGGGGAAUCUACCAAAAGGAGUGUGAAAUGCUAUGAGUGCAACAAGAUGGGGCACUAUAGAAAUGAAUGUCCCAAAUUGAAGAAGGAACACAGAGCAUUGCAGUGGAUUAUUAGUCGCAUUCUUGCUCAGAGAAAGGGUUCCAAAUCUGUUGUACUUAGUGGUGAUCUCUUAUGGUUUGAUUAUCUUCUCAAAAGGAAGAGGUUGAACCUUGGAAGAUUCAUUUACCGGAAUCUAAUCAAGACUUAUUCAUCAAACAUGGGUCUUGCUUAUGGUGCUUUAAUUACUAGAUUGGUGAAGAGGAACAAUGUUGAUCUUACACCCUUUAUGCUUGGAAAGGUUCAAAGUGGGACUACACUCAAUAAAGCUUCCUUUGAGAAUAUGCAAUAUGAGUUUCGGAAUGGUAGCUAGAGGAAGAAAGGGGAUCAAGCAAUGGAACAGCAAAGUGAUGAAGAAGAAGGUGAUAGAGAUUAAGAAAUGGCAUAACAAGGG